UGUAGCUUCCCGCCGUCCCCCGUCCGACAGUCGCGCUCUGUUCGGUUUGCUGUGCGUAGUUGAGCUGAAUUAUUUUUGUUUUCUACUUAUUCAGUGAUAUCACCGGACUUAUUUCUGGACCUGGACAAAGUUAUUAUUGUGUACUAGUGACUGAGUGACAAAAGAAGUGUUCGCAUGGAUUGAGUGAGCAACGAUGUUACCUCCCACGGCCGGUCUAUCACAAGAACAACGCGACCGGCCCGAAAUGGCGUACCAGCAGCGUCAGGACGUUAGAGAGCUCACCAGAGAAAUCAUCAGAAGUGCCCGAGUAGCAAACAGACAGCAUUCAACAUCCCCUGGAGUUCGAGACCGUUUCCCGUCGACAUCGUCGACAGACGACAAUGAGAGCGGCACGGAUGGCGAAGCCGACCGUUCCCGUCGCGUCAGCCUCAUCCACGGCGGAGUCCCUACCCCGCCCCCAGGGAUCGUCUCCAUACGCAAGAGACGAGGGAACUUAGCCAAACACUCCGUCAAAAUACUGAAGAAAUGGCUGUAUGAUCACCGGUACAAUGCGUACCCUAACGAUGCUGAGAAGAUUGCUUUAAGUCAGGAAGCGAAUUUGACAGUUUUGCAGGUAUGCAACUGGUUCAUAAACGCCCGUCGCCGCAUCCUGCCGGAGAUGAUUCGGCGGGAGGGCCACGACCCGCUGCACUACACCAUCUCGCGGCGCGGUCGCAAGCAACCCGGGUCUUCCGGCGGCAACGCCAAUACGGCUGGCGUGGUUGUCGCGUCUUGGGAUGGUGUUGAAGUUGAAAACGACGCGGACCGCAGUACCGAACAAGAAUACAGCGACGGGCUCCUCGUGUACCGCAGCGACGGCGACGACAUCGGCGACGGAGAGGAGGGCUACUCCUCUAGCGCCGUCUCCGAGGAGGAGGUCAAGUACGACCCCUCCGUGUGGCAGUCCGUCAUACGGUACGGACCAGAGAACCAGGAGCAGGAACAUCCUGCCGCCAGAGGUCGCACGGCGGGCGUGGUGGUGCGCACGGCGGAGGAGGAGGGCGCGGAGGGCGAGGCGGCGGGCGGCGGCGGCGGCUGGCACCCGCAGCUCGCGCACCUGCCGCAGCUGCCGCACCCGCUGCGCAGGCGCACGCAGGUUGUGCCAGUGACCGGCGGCGGCGGCGGGGAGGGUGAACGCGACAAGUUCAAGUGCCUGUACCUGCUGGUGGAGACCGCCGUCGCCGUGCGCCAGCGCGAGAAGGAGCAGGAGGAGGUGCCCGUCUAGUCACUGCCAGACUGCAGUAUGGAUUGGACCCGGCAGCGCCGCCAAACGGAAUUGUACGUUCACGCGGUAUUUAACGUUACAAUCUUCCACUAAUCUAGAGUCACUCUCACUUCAUGCCGCUUCCUAACAGCGGACUCCACACUCCUUUACCAAACCUUUUCAUUUUAACCAUAGAUUAUACAUGCAUUGUAUAUGAGAAAAAAGUUCUCAAAAGCCAGACAUUGUUUUGAUCGCUUUUGUUGCGGAUAUAAUUGAUAUUUUCAGAAUUCUGAUUGAUUUUCGUUUGAAAUGUUGUAAAAGCUAUGCCUCGAUAUAUUUUUUUUUGUAUAUUAGUUGACACUUUGAUUUACGCUGCAGAUAAAACAUGAAAUUAUAGCAAUCAUCGAUCGCAAGUCGCCAUUUCAAGGGUAUUCUGUACUAAUAAAUAGAACUUUGAUUAUUUUUGUCAUUAUUACCAGGAAUGGGGGAAAAUAACUAGCUGUUUUGAUGUAAUAGAUCGUAAUAUUACUAUAUUUACUAUUAUAUCAGUAGAAUGCGAUCAUAUUUAUAUACUACUAGACUUUAGUAGUGCACGUUUUAUAAAUUGGAUCAAAUGCACUUUUACAUUGUGUAGAUUUUUUAUACAUAAACUUCCAUUUUCAUGGCCUAUGGUCUGGUUAGUUUAAAUAGGUGAAAUUGUAGAGGGUGAAAAAUGCUUGAAUAACUAGUGGUGACCAUUUAUGUAACCAUUAUGAUAUUGGAAGCACAAAAUAAUUUACAAAAAUAACAAAGAAUGGAAUAUUGAGUGGAUUUUGUAUAAACAAAAUAGGGUUCAUCCAUAAUUUAUAUGUUUUAAUGGUAGAUUGAGUAAUUGUAGGGUUGAUGGUUAAAAGCCAUAUUGAUAGUCGAAAUCUUGUCUAGUAUUUGUAAAACUGUGCACUAUUAAAGUAGAAAAUAAUUUUGUAGGAUACACACUAUAUCAGUAGCCUUCCUAUAUUUAUAAUAAUUAGAAUGACAGACUGGUUAAUCCUUAUCUAUCGAAAAUAUUUACUCAGCUUGUAUUGUUCCUACCUAUUAUAAAGAAAAUAAAUAAUAUAAUACAAAUUUGAAUUAUUAUAAUACAUAUACAUUGAAUAGGGGAACUGUAUUGUCCCAGUAAUAUUAAAAUUAUUGAAAAAUAUUUCUCAUGUAAUCACGAGGUAACUCAUAAAUCUUGAAUAGAAAUCUUCGAAUACCAUCAUUACUUAAAUUUGGUCCAGUAACUAUUACAAACAUAUGAAAAUAUAUAUCCAACUAUUGGCGAAAAAUGUAGUAGUCCCAUUUAUAUUGGUUAAAUCUUUGUCCAUUAUAGAACACUGUAAACAUAGUCGUCCAUCAUAGGUUACCAAGAAGACUGGAAACGAUAUAUUAUCACAUAUAUUCAUUAUAUAUACCCAUAUCAAUCUGAUUUAUACCCGCCAAAAAUACUGUUCGUGCUACGCGCCGCUAUCAUUUCACUCAUAAUUGACAACGACUUCGAAUGCUUAAUAUCAUUAGAAGUUAUAGAAACCAGUUAUUUCUUACUCAUAAAACAGACAGUCGGUUUUAUAUACAAUUAGUAUAUUUAUAUGAUUAAAUAUUUUUGUAUUGCAAUCUCAACCAAGAAGGUUAUUAUUGCCUUAAUGUUAAAAUUACGCUUGAAAACUAUCGAUCCUCAGGGAAUUACAAUGUAACAUGUAGCAACAUUAUCAAACAUGCGUCUAUUUACUCCGUACAUACAGAUCAUUACCUAUAUUGACGGUGCGCAAAUGUAUUAUCAUUUGUUUAAUAUUCAUUCAUAUUGAAUGUCACCUCAAGCACAAUUUCUCAGCAACCGACUGUAUGGAGUAAUAUAGCAGUAACUAUUCAUAAAUAUAUAACUUGUGUCCUUGUAUAUAGUUUGUACACAUACAUAGUGUAUGUUAGGUCUAAAGUUUUGUAGCUUCUAGUUAUAUGUUAGUGCCAACGAGGCAAGGUUUAUGUAGCGUACCAUCUCGCGGUAAUUUCCGUGAUAAUUUAUUUAAGGGUGAUACUUUUAGUUGAGCAAAUCUUUAAUAAUACUAGCUGACCCGGCGAACUUCGUACCGCUUUCUUAAAUAAUAAAGCAACUACUGAAUGGAUUUUCACGCAGUUUUCUCCAUUAAUGCAGUAGUUUAAAAGGAAGGAUAAGAUGUAUAAUUUGAAGUGCGAAGCUGCGGUGGGUCUCUAGUAUCAUAGAAGUUUAAAGUAGCUAUUUUAGAAUGUUAUAUUAAUUCGCACUGAUAUCAACUCACCCUUCUUUUUGUGUGAAAGCAAAUUAUCGAAGUAAUUACCAGAUUUAAUUUUAGUUUUCUAUUAAUUCUUAUGAUGUUCUAUCAACUUAAGCAGAAGCUUUAAAUGGAAGUAGGGACACGUUUUUAGAGUAAAUGUUGUUUCUUAAACAUGAUUGAUUUUUUAACUAUAGAGGUGGCUUCCUGGUUUUGGUGUUGGAGCUAAGCUAUCUAGAACAUGUGUCCUAAUAAAUGUAUGAAAACAUUUAAAUCAUCAUUAUUAAUGUAAUCAAUAUUAUGUUGAUCAUCUUUCAACUCCAGUACACUCCAUACAAUAAUCGCCUCGAUAGAAUUUUGUACCAAAUAUAGUAUAAGAGUUAAUAUUUUUUGUGUUCAUGCAUAAACAUAUAAUAAUAUUUUAUAGUAUUUUUCCAAGAUAUACUAAGCCAAGUGUAUUGGAGUUGUUUGUAAAUUUUUUGUAUGUAUUUAUUGGUUGUGAGUUUGGGAAAUCGCUGUGUGAAAAGAUGUACUUGUUUGUUUUAUGAUUACAUUUAUUUUGUUUGGUAGACCCAUUGGAAGACACUACAAAUACUUGAUGACUCAAAAUGCUCGAAAAUUUGCCUUUUUCUUCAUAAAACGACUUGUUUUCGAUCAAUUAAAUGCAUAUUUCAAUGUGUCUACUAAACUUGAAAAUAGGGCUUUACGAUUGCUGGCGAUGAAUCAAUCACUACACAAGUUUCCAAAAUCAUUUUAACAUCAAACAUAAAUUAUUCCUAUUUUACAGUUGGAUCAAAUAUUGCUAUUUCAUACGAUAUACUAUAUCCCUUUAUGACGCUUAGUUGAUAUUAAGUUAAUGUGUAUCGUAAAUGGUAAAAAUAGUUAAAGGUAUCACAAGUAUUUUAAUCUAGCUGGCGUGGAAAGUUUGCUCGUUAAAUACCUUUCAUUUAACCGUACCCACAUAUUAUAAGUACAGGGAAUGUAUUUAAUCGCAAUUUACACACUAUGUUCUACGAGAACAUAAAUUAUCAUUAUUUAAUUUAUUCAUAUUUGACCUUCUUGAUUACAAGACUCCAUCGUCCAGCCAGUUGCACUUACCGUAAGCAGUCAAUAUUAAUUAGCUCUUAAGUCGUUUGUUUUAAGGUGACUUUUCGUUUAACUCUUAAUAUAAGUAGGGUGUCAUUUUCGUUUCUUAAUUUACCUGAGUACAAUAACUUAGAACUUAGUAUUUUUCGUUCGUGUAAAUACUCCUGUGUAAGAUGCGUAAUCUGUUAGUGAAUAAAAUAAAAAUAAUUUCAAAA